AUGAAGCUCUCCCUAGCCGGCCUCCUCGGCCUCUUCUCCUGCGCCGCCGCGACCGUCCAAACAACUCUGACGCUCUCCAUUCCCACAACCUCGAACCUCAACCCGCAGACCCUCCCGCCGCAGACGCACGCCACGCUCUCGACGCUGCACGCCACGCACGCGGCCGCCCUCUCGCCGCACAACACGUUCACCUUCCGCAACCUCACCGGCCCGGCCUCCUACCUGCUCAGACGGGCGAGGCCAUCCCAGGGCAAAGGAAUUCUCCACCCGGCGGCAAGGCUUCGAAGUUCGGCCGUCGGCGUCAAGGGCUACUUUGUCGAGCGGAGCAAGUUCUCGAUUGUCAACAUUGUCAUGAAGAACCCCAUGAUCCUCAUGGGCAUGGUCACGAUGGGCAUCUUCCUCGGCAUGCCGUACAUGCUCAAGAACAGUGCGUACCUCUCUUUCCACUGUCCUUCCCUCCCACCCCGUGACCCGUCAGCGGGUCAGUUUGCAGUCUGUCGUCGGGUGCGCGAAAAGGGUCGGCUGCUCGGAAAGGAUCAGAUCGCGCGGCAGCACCAAGCAGCACGAAUGUACUAA